AAACAGAGAGGUCGCAUCGGACGGCGGCGAGAUGCUGGCGGUGUUCGAUCCCAAGGUAGCCAAGUGCCCGGAGGGCCUCCGCAGCCCGCCGGUCGCCGGAGCAGCCGCUGCAGCAGCACGCGUAGCCGGCGCGGGCGCGCUGAUGAAGGGCUUCUCCGACUCGCACGACGGCGCCGUCACCGUCAGCCUGGGCCCCUCCGGCGCGCUGGCCUACUCGACAGCCAACCAGAACCCCCUCGUCCCAAGGUGCUGUGCUCUGCUCCCCGGCGGGUCGGCGGCGAGCAACAGCCACCGGCGGACGGAGGGCCGGAUCCAGAGGACGGUGGCGUGGGGCUCGAUUCCGGACGCGACGGAAAUCAGCGCCGGUCUCGAUUCCGUGGAGGCUUGCGUCGCCGUCGCAGAAGACCGGAGAUGGGAGGCCUGCGGCAGCUCGAUUCCGUGGAGAAGACCGGAGAAGGGAAGCCUGCGCUGUCGUAGAAGAUUGGAGAAGGAACGCAGGAACGGAGAUGUAAUCCCUGUGGCGAGCUCUAGAAGGAAAGAGAAGGAACGCUGGCGAAGAUUGAGAAACUUUCUAUUUCUGCAAGAUUGCGCGAUGGGAGGAGGUGCCUUUCGCAGGUGUCGGAGGCAGACGGAAGAACGAAACAUUUUUGCACCAAAAAAUGUCCACACUUUGUUGUUUUUAGUUAUAGAAGAUAAGCGCCACUAG